AUGCUACUUUGUACAAUAAAGAGAAAUCUUUUAAGACCAACAUCCAUAUUUAACAAAAGCAUUCCUCUUCUUUACAAGAAUAGAAAUAAUAAUUAUAUUAUUAAUAAUUCUCAUCGGAUAACUACUACUAUAAAUUCCAUUUCUUCAAUAACUUAUAUCCAAAACAGCAAGAAUAAUAUCCAUUUUCUAAAACAUAUCCCUAAUUAUACUAUAUUUCCCAUAAGUCGGCGUCAUUAUUCAACUAAAAAUGCUAAUGAUACCACAACAACCAGUAAUACGCACCAUGAGAGACAGGAUGAACUUCUAAAAGACUACUAUUUGUCUCGUACUACUUCACUUUUAAGCAAAAUUAAAAUUAAUUUAAAAUGGUUUUUGAAAAAAUCCAUGAAGCCCUUUAAUUCAGAUGAUAUAAGCGCAUUUAUAUCGUGGGUUGUGGUAAGUAACGUAUUGAUAAUCUUAUUAUGGACUACAGGCUUUGUUUCUCUCAUCUUAUAUCUAAUGAAUACGGUAUUAGCCCAAGAAUAUGUAGCCCUAAAAGUUGGAGAAACUAUAACAGAGAAUAAUCCAAAUUUACAAGUGAUUUUUGAAAAUGCCAUUGUACCUGAUUGGAAAGGCGGUAAAAUUACCUUUAAUAAUGUGUUUGUAUCAAAGCGACCACAAGUCAAUAAUGCUGGCGCUGGUGUCACAGGAAAAAAGAUCAAAAACACAUUCAGUAAAGGGUCUCAAAGGGAAGCUGCAGAGAGGGCUAAAUUAGCAUUAAGUGAAAAGCAAUUGCUAAUUAAUGAAAAUUCAUUUGAUAAGGGCAAUUACGCCCAAUAUGAUUUAACCAUUGAUCAAGUUAACGUGAGCUUAAAUUUUAGUAAAUGGUUUAGUGGCAAGGGAAUUAUUGAUGAAUUAGAGAUAAACGGUGUAAGAGGUGUUGUUGAUAGGACCCACGUUAUUUGGAAGGAACAUGAUGAUCCAAGAAAUUACUUAAACGUUCAUAAGCCUGGCGAUUUUGAACUUGACAAAUUUGUUAUGAAUGACGUUUUGUUUACUUUAUACCAACCCAAUGGGUUUAGGCCAUUUAAAGUUAGUAUUUUUAAUUGUGAAUUGCCUAGGUUACGGAAACACUGGUUUUUUUACGAUUUAUUGAAUGCCACUGCCAUCAGUGGCACUUAUGAUAACUCAUUAUUUACCAUCCACAAAAAAUUCACACCCGAUAGUGGUAAGAAACAACACAACUAUAUAUAUGUAGAUGACCCGAUUACUAUUGUAACCACUAUGAGGGUAGAUAAUUUAAAUAUAGAUCAUUUAAAUGCUGGUAUCAAGGGGCCCUUUGGUUGGAUAACAAGAGGACAAGUAGACAUGGUGGGGAAUAUUAGAGUUGUCCCUAUUAGUGCCACGGGGAAAAUACCUGUGAUUGUUAAUCCAAAGGAAUUUCUAGAAAAUUUGCUCUUAUCGAGUGACUAUGAUCACAUGAAAAAUAAUAAAAUGAUUAUAGAUUUUUAUUUAAAAUUGCAUAAUGUCGAAGCACAAGUACCAUUAUUAACUUCGGAAUUGAGCUAUAUAAACAAUGCAUUAAUUAGGCCAAUUGUUGGUUAUAUAAAUUCAAGAAAAGCCACGUAUAUUCCGAUCAAUUGUAGGAUAGUGAAAAAUUUGGAUGAUUUUGCUGGAUCUUGGACAAUUUACGAUUCCUUAUUGAUGGACAAUUUAAGUGAAAAAGUUUAUGAUUCCUUUGCUGCUUAUGUUGUUGAUGAUGAAAGAAGAUCUUUAAGGGUGAAAAGAAUUGGGUUUUGGUCGUUGCAAUUGAUGUUGCAGUUAAUUUUGAUGAGCUUAGGUGCAUUGGCAUGA